UCAGAGGUGGAGCAGGUUCUGAGCUAUAAGCUCAGGCGUAUGUACGUAGUUCUUCCUCGAAGUCUUUGGAUCAUAUUGCGACUCGCUCCGCUCCGCUUUACCAGCAGACCCUCUAAACUACCUUAAGUUUGUAAGAAUACACUUGAACUAUGUGUGGAAUUUUCGCCUACCUGAAUUACAGAGUGCCACGGACGAGGAGGGAUAUCCUUCAGACCCUAAUAAAGGGACUUCAAAGACUGGAAUACAGGGGUUAUGACUCUGCAGGUGUUGCAGUCGAUGGCUCAGGGAAAGAUAAUGCUGUUAAUAUCAGCCUCUAUAAGAAGACAGGGAAGGUGAAAGCUCUUGAUGAAGAGAUCUACAAGAACAACUCCAUCGAUUUCGAGGCAGAACUGGACACACACUUUGGCAUUGCACACACUCGCUGGGCCACGCAUGGAGAGCCCAGUCCAGUCAACAGUCACCCUCACCGAUCCGACAAGAACAAUGAAUUUGUUGUCAUCCACAACGGCAUCAUCACAAAUUACAAGGAGCUGAAGAAGUACCUGGUUUCCAAAGGCUAUGAGUUUGAGUCGGACACAGACACAGAGGUCAUCCCUAAAUUGAUCAAGUAUCUCUAUGACAACCGCGAGAAUGAGUAUGUGUCCUUCUCCACCCUAGUGGAGCGCGUCAUCAAGCAGCUGGAAGGGGCAUUUGCUUUGGUUUUCAAAAGCAUUCAUUUCCCUGGAGUGGCAGUUGCCACCAGGAGGGGCAGCCCGCUGCUCAUCGGCGUGCGCAGUCAGUAUGAGCUUUCCACAGAGCAGAUCCCUGUCCAGUACAACUGUGGUGAUUCCAGGACAAAUGAGCAGGAAAAUAACUUACUGAACCGAAGGGGCAGCACCAAUGCCUUGCACUCAGUCGAUGACAGACUGGCAGUGGAGUUUUACUUAGCCUCUGAUGCUAGUGCCAUCAUUGAGCACACCAACAAGGUGAUUUAUCUGGAGGACGAUGAUGUCGCCGUGGUGAUGGAGGGGAAGUUGUAUGUGCACCGUAUUAAGCGUAAAGCAGGCGAAGACCCCGUCCGAGUCAUUCAGACCCUACAGAUGGAGCUCCAGCAGAUCAUGAAAGGUAACUUCAAGGCUUUCAUGCAGAAGGAGAUCUUUGAGCAGCCUGAAUCUGUCGUCAACACCAUGAGAGGCAGAAUCUGUUUUGACAGCAACACAGUUAUUCUUGGUGGCCUGUCUGACCAUCUGAAGGAGAUCAAGAGAUGCAGACGCUUGAUCUUGAUUGGCUGUGGAACCAGUUACCAUGCAGGGGUGGCAACACGUCAGAUCCUUGAAGAGUUGACUGAGCUUCCUGUUAUGGUUGAGUUGGCCAGUGAUUUCCUAGACCGCAUCACACCUGUUUUCAGAGAUGAUGUCUGUUUCUUCAUCAGCCAGUCGGGUGAGACGGCAGACACUCUGAUGGCAUUACGCUACUGUAAGCAGCGCGGGGCACUGACUGUGGGAGUCACCAACACUGUUGGCAGCUCCAUCUGCAGGGAGACCGACUGUGGAGUUCACAUCAAUGCUGGGCCUGAGGUUGGAGUUGCCAGCACUAAGGCCUACACUAGUCAGUUUGUGUCUCUGAUCAUGUUUGCUCUGAUGUUGAGUGAAGACAGGCUUUCAAUGCAGCCGAGAAGACUGGAGAUCAUCAACGGCCUCAAAAAACUGCCAGAGCUGAUCAAGGAAGUUCUGGCUCUUGAUGACCAAAUCAAAAGCAUUGCAGAUGAGCUCCACCAUCAGAGGUCUCUAUUAGUCAUGGGUCGAGGCUACAACUACUCCACCUGCCUAGAGGGGGCUCUGAAAAUUAAAGAGAUCACGUACAUGCACUCAGAGGGCAUUAUGGCUGGAGAGUUGAAGCACGGCCCAUUGGCGUUGAUUGACAAGCAUAUGCCUGUCAUCAUGGUCAUCAUGAGAGAUGCUUGCUACAAAAAGUGCCACAAUGCCUUGCAACAGGUCACAGCCAGACAGGGGCGCCCAAUCAUUCUAUGUUGCCAGGAUGACCCAGAGAUCAGUAAAUUGGCAUACAAGACCAUUGAACUGCCUCACACAGUGGACUGUCUGCAGGGCAUCAUCAGUGUCAUUCCACUGCAGCUUAUAUCCUUCCAUCUGGCUGUUCUCAGAGGAUAUGAUGUGGACUGCCCAAGAAACCUGGCCAAAUCUGUGACCGUAGAGUAACUCCUCCCAGGAAAUGUGAACUAAUCGAAGUAGAAGAGGAGAAUACUGACCACCAAAGUGCAAUUACCAGUGUGUGUGUUUACGUGUGUUUGCAUCUGUGUGAAUGUGGGAGUGUGGGUAUUUAUGAAUUCUGAACAAAUCCCUAAAGUCCAAGUGCCUCAACAUCCAAGUGCAAAUGAAGGGAACCCUAAACUGUGCCUUACACCCUUUCCUCUCAGCCCUUAAACAAUCCUGAAAGAUAACAACUAAGUCAAAAGUUUACCUCUGACAAAACCAAAGUGCAAUACAUUAAUCUGCACAAUUGAUCUGCGUGUCCAAGAAACUUGCCUACAAUCACAUGGACCAAAGAUCAUAGUUAUGUUGAGUGGGUAAGGAAGUGAUGUGUAGAUGUGGAAGUACAUGAUAGUGUAAGUAUGAAUUGUUUUUAAAAUGAAGUUCUAUUACAUAUUGUUUGGAAUGCUAGGAAACACUAUUUGUCAUUUUUGUUAUUACAUUGCACACAUUUCUAUGUACUACAGAAAAUUAUGCCAAAAAUUCAGCUGGAGCAAACAAGUGUUAAUCACAUGAACUUAGCAUUCAGUUAUCUUAUGGAAAAUAUAAUAUAAAUAACUGGGUUCCACUGGAAAUUUUACUGUACUGUUAGAGUUUACUUUGACUGUGAAGCACUCAAUGUUGGAACAAUCAUUGUGUUAUUAGACAUGCUUUUAAAUUUUUUUUUUUUUUUAAUGUAUGAUUUCAGUGAUUGAUUUUUGUAAUCUAUAUAUUUUGUGCCGAAAUGAGAUUUCAAACCCUCAGCAUAACUUUUUUUUUUUUUUUUUUUUUUUUUUUUUUUCUUACUGGGACAAAAUUCUUUGUGACUUUUCCUGGUAGGUUUAAACAUAAUUUCCCUGGUACGCAUUUCCCUGGUAUAGUUGUCAUAUACAUCCUUUAAAAUCAGUUUUAAAAUCAUAUUUUUAAAGUUAUGGGUUGAGGGUUAAAGCAUGAAGAGCAGCUAUGAAUAAAAAAAUUGCUUUAUAGUUCUUAAUAAUUGCUAGUAAAUAAAAUAAAGUACAACCGGCAA